GUGGAACCAAAAACCAUUCGAGCUUCUUAUGCUGACUGGAAGUUAUCCAGGUGGGAUUCUACCACCACUGUGAAGAAGCCCUGGGCACUGGAGGACCAACAGGACAGCGCAGGAUCCAUGGUGGUGACUCUCCUGCUUGCACACUCUCUCUCUCUCUCUCUCCUCUCUCCCUUAUACACUUAAUGUGGCAGAAUAUUGUUGAACAGCACUUCCUGUUUUUAAAGAUCCUGUUUACUGUCUGCAUUCCAAAUAUCCCAGGAAAGUAGGAGGAUGGGAAGAAACAUGGAAAGAAAAGUAAACAGCAUUGUUUAAGCUUGAAAGAAUUUGGGUGCUGCUCACUGACCUUCAGAGCUCACAGCCUACCGUGGAAGAGCAGCACAGAGGUGGAAAGGUUUCCACGUACAAAUCACUGCUCAAAAAGCUUGAAGUACAAGGUUAUCCCAAGACUUAAAAAUGCCUCCGCGGCCGUCAUCUGGUGAACUAUGGGGCAUCCACUUGAUGCCCCCCAGGAUCCUUGUGGAGUGUCUCCUCCCAAAUGGAAUGAUAGUGACUCUAGAAUGCCUCCGUGAGGCCACCUUACUGACUAUUAAACAUGAACUCUUUAAAGAAGCAAGGAAGUACCCUCUCUAUCAGCUCCUUCAAGAUGAAUCUUCUUACAUUUUUGUAAGUGUUACACAAGAAGCAGAGAGAGAGGAGUUUUUUGAUGAAACACGGAGACUUUGUGACCUGCGACUGUUUCAGCCUUUCCUGAAAGUUAUUGAACCAGUAGGUAACAGAGAAGAAAAGAUUCUUAAUAGAGAAAUAGGUUUUGCUAUUGGCAUGCCUGUCUGUGAGUUUGACAUGGUCAAGGAUCCAGAAGUACAAGACUUCAGAAGAAACAUUCUUAAUGUCUGUAAAGAAGCCGUGGAUCUGCGAGAUGCCAAUGCCCCACACAGCAGAGCACUGUAUGUCUAUCCUCCAAAUGUAGAGUCCUCAGCUGAACUCCCCAAACACAUAUACAACAAACUAGAUAAAGGGCAAAUUAUAGUGGUGAUUUGGGUAAUAGUCUCACCAAACAAUGAUAAGCAGAAAUACACCCUAAAAAUCAAUCAUGACUGUGUGCCUGAGCAAGUUAUUGCUGAAGCAAUUAGAAAGAAAACGCGAAGUAUGUUGCUGUCAUCUGAACAACUGAAACUUUGUGUCUUGGAGUACCAGGGAAAAUAUAUUCUAAAAGUCUGUGGCUGUGAUGAAUACUUGCUAGAAAAAUGUCCACUGAGCCAGUAUAAGUACAUAAGGAGCUGCAUCAUGCUUGGCCGCAUGCCCAACCUGAUGCUGAUGGCCAAGGAGAGCCUGUACACCCAGCUGCCCCUGGACACCUUCACCAUGCCAUCCUACUCCAGGCGCAUCUCCACAGCCACGCCCUACAUGAAUGGAGAGGCUACCACCAAAUCCCUCUGGACUAUCAACAGCGCUCUCAGAAUAAGGAUCCUCUGUGCAACCUAUGUAAAUGUGAACAUUAGAGACAUAGACAAGAUUUAUGUUAGGACAGGUAUCUACCAUGGAGGGGAACCUUUGUGUGACAAUGUGAAUACUCAGAGGGUACCUUGUUCUAAUCCCAGAUGGAAUGAGUGGCUGUUGUAUGACAUGUACAUUCCUGAUCUCCCACGUGCUGCUCGGCUCUGCCUCUCCAUCUGCUCUGUUAAAGGCCGGAAGGGUGCUAAGGAGGAGCACUGUCCAUUGGCUUGGGGAAAUAUAAACAUGUUCGAUUACACAGACACUCUGGUAUCUGGGAAAAUGGCUUUGAAUCUUUGGGCAGUACCUCAUGGGCUGGAGGAUUUGUUGAAUCCUAUUGGUGUUACUGGAUCAAAUCCAAAUAAGGAAACUCCAUGCUUAGAGCUGGAAUUUGAUUGGUUUAGCAACCCUGUAAAGUUUCCAGAUAUGACAGUGAUUGAAGAACAUGCAAAUUGGACAAUUUCACGGGAACUGGGAUUCAACUACAGCUACGCAGGGCAGAGUAACAGAAUAGCUCGGGAUAGUGAAUUAACAGAGAGUGACAAGGAGCAACUGCGAGCCAUUUGUACCCGAGACCCUUUGUCUGAAAUCACUGAGCAAGAGAAGGACUUUCUCUGGAGACACAGACACUAUUGCGUGAAUACUCCAGAAAUUCUACCCAAGUUACUUUUGUCUGUCAAGUGGAAUUCUAGGGAUGCAGUGGCCCAGAUGUACUGUUUGGUGAAGGAUUGGCCUUCAAUCAAACCAGAGCAAGCCAUGGAGCUCCUGGACUGCAAUUACCCAGACCCAAUGGUGCGAGCAUUUGCAGUUCGGUGUCUGGAGAAGUCUCUGACAGAUGACAAACUGUCUCAGUACCUAAUCCAGCUGGUACAGGUUCUGAAAUAUGAGCAGUAUUUAGAUAAUCAGCUUGUGAGAUUCUUACUCAAGAAGGCACUGACCAAUCAAAGGAUAGGCCACUUCUUCUUUUGGCAUUUAAAGUCUGAAAUGCACAACAAAACUGUCAGUCAGAGGUUUGGUUUACUUCUGGAGUCCUACUGUCGAGCGUGUGGAAUGUAUCUGAAGCACCUGAGCAGGCAGGUGGAGGCCAUGGAGAAGUUGAUUAACCUCACAGAUAUUCUCAAGCAGGAAAAAAAGGAUGAGACCCAGAAGGUACAGAUGAAGUUUCUUGUUGAACAAAUGAGACGGCCAGAUUUUAUGGAUGCCUUGCAAGGUUUUAUCUCUCCUCUUAAUCCUGCACAUCAACUGGGAAACCUUCGGCUUGAGGAGUGCAGGAUAAUGUCAUCUGCAAAAAGGCCGCUGUGGUUGAACUGGGAAAACCCAGAUAUUAUGUCUGAAUUGUUAUUUCAGAACAAUGAGAUAAUAUUUAAAAAUGGAGAUGACUUGCGCCAGGACAUGCUGACACUUCAGAUAAUUCGAAUUAUGGAAAACAUCUGGCAAAAUCAGGGUCUUGAUCUUCGGAUGUUGCCUUAUGGUUGUUUGUCGAUCGGUGACUGUGUGGGACUCAUCGAGGUCGUGAGGAGCUCUCACACCAUCAUGCAGAUUCAGUGUAAAGGAGGCUUAAAAGGAGCACUGCAGUUCAACAGCCAUACAUUGCACCAGUGGCUCAAGGACAAAAACAAAGGAGACAUGUAUGAUGCAGCUAUUGACCUGUUUACACGUUCUUGUGCUGGCUACUGUGUUGCCACCUUUAUCCUGGGCAUUGGUGAUCGCCACAACAGUAACAUCAUGGUCAAAGAUGAUGGACAACUGUUUCACAUUGACUUUGGGCACUUCCUCGACCAUAAGAAGAAAAAAUUUGGUUACAAAAGAGAGCGUGUGCCAUUUGUCUUAACACAAGACUUCUUAAUAGUGAUUAGUAAAGGAGCCCAAGAAUGUACCAAAACGAGGGAGUUUGAAAGGUUUCAGGAGAUGUGUUAUAAGGCUUACCUAGCAAUUCGGCAGCAUGCCAAUCUCUUCAUCAAUCUUUUCUCCAUGAUGCUUGGCUCAGGAAUGCCAGAACUGCAGUCCUUUGAUGAUAUUGCCUACAUUCGAAAGACCCUUGCAUUGGACAAAACUGAGCAGGAGGCUCUCGAGUACUUCAUGAAGCAAAUGAAUGAUGCUCACCAUGGUGGCUGGACAACAAAAAUGGACUGGAUCUUCCACACAAUAAAGCAACACGCUUUGAACUGAACUGACUGCAAAGAAAACAAGAACUGAUACCCCGCUUUGUGGGUACUGCACUGUUAAUACCCGUUAGCAGCGAAGACUGGUUGCAUAGGAAUUGCACAAACCAUGAACAACAUUAGAAUUUAUGGCAAGAAAAGAAAUGAAUUGUUCAGACAACUGUUGGAAAAUAAUGUAAAACAGGGUUUCAGAUAGCACUAAAAUUGUAAACUUCAAAAAUUAAGCUUUAGUACAAUGUGUGCAGGGACCUCGACAAAUUAGAGAUGGGCAAUCACCAAGUGUAUGAAGUUUAACAAGGGCAAGUGCCACAUUCUGCACCUGGAAUGGGGCAAUCCUGGUUGUGUGUAUGGACUGGGGAAUGAGAGGCUGGACAGCAGCUGCAGAAAGGGACCUGGGGGUCCUGGUUGUUGGCAAGUUGAACGUGAGCCAGCAGUGCCCUACAGCCAGGAGGGCCACCUGUGUCCUGGGGGCAUCAGGCACAGCAUCACCAAGGCAAGUGAGGGAUUGGCCCACUCUGCUUUGCUCUGGGGCAGCCUCACCUUGAAAAUUGUGGGCAGUUUUGGGUGCCACAAUAUAAAAAAAAAAUUAA